AUGAAACGUGGUACUGGCUGUAACUACACUUCCGUGUCAGGAGUCGUGGUAAAUAGGCGAGGUCUCAUACUGAUGAUAAGAGAGCACAGACGUACUCACCACGGAUGGAAAUUUCCUUCUGGUAAAGCUCAUGUCAGGGAGCCAAUAUUUCAAGCUGCUAAUAGGAAAGUCUUCGAAGAGACGGGUAUUAAUGCAGAGCCUAAAGCUGUCAUUGCUGUAAGGCACAAAGUUGCUACGUUCACUUCUGGCAACGGAACACUUUUCUUUUUCUGUCUAAUGUACGCCAACGAUGAACAAGUAAAAGAAAUUCGUGAGAAGCCUCCUAAGGAGUUUUUCGAUCUUUGGUGGUUCAGCAGGGAUGAGUUGCGGACCCUUAACCCAUCUCAGUUUUUUCUACACCAUCGUGAGGUUUUCGAAGUGUAUGAUCGCUGGUUGGAGUCGAACGGCGACAGCGAUUUAUAUUACACCAUGAACAACAAGUCACACAUUUCCCACAUGUGUUUAUUUUCAUCAGUGUAG